AAAACUAAAAAAAAAAUUCCUCGGCUGAUUUAAACAAAAAUGUCAAAUUUUUCAGUGGCCAUUUCGUAAAUUGGAAAAUCAAAAUAAUUCAUUUAUUUGAAUCUGCAGACAUACGUUGCAAUUUGCAAAUGACUCCAAUCGCAAUAGGGCGAAUGCUGUACGGGGGCUCACGCUUCAGCCGCAAGCUCAUAAAUACUUCUCGUGCGCUCACAUCAGGCUUAUGGCACACCAUGAUUAAUAGUGUCAUGCUACAGACACAUGCGGGAAUUAAGUGCGCAGAAAAGAGAGCGUAUAUGCCUCCCUGCAAUCUAUAUUCUAACUAUUUAGAAUCCCCGCAUCUUGUGUAUUUGAUACACCGUCGCUACUCAACAUGUGAGAAAACAUCAACGCAGAUACUGUCUAAAUUAUUCCCGCAGACAUCAAUGGAGCUAGACGAUGAGGCGAGUCGUGAUCGACGUAAGCGUGAGGAAGAGGAAGAACUUAGGGAAAUGGAGCGGGCCUGGAAGCGUAUGAAAAUAGGGUUUGGGGUCUUUGGUGUGGGAGGUGUGAUUUUCUCUUUUUGGGCUAUUUACUUCUUUGGUAAGCCGUCGCUUGAUGAACAAGGAAACGAAGUUACGGACGAAUUCAGCUCUUUGCCGCUGGUUAAGCAAUACUUGGCGCGUACUUUUAAGUCACUUAAUCAUUUUCAAAGGUUCAUUCAGGAACCCUCAAGCCAGAAAUUGCUGCCUGAUCCGCUACAGGCACCUUAUGUUCAACCCCCCUACACACUGGUACUUGAGGUUAAGGACCUGCUUAUACAUCCCGAUUGGACUUAUCAAACGGGGUGGCGUUUUAAAAAACGUCCUGGCGUGGACGUUUUCUUAAGGGAAUGUUCCAAGUAUUUUGAGAUUGUUGUAUAUACAGCCGAGCAAGGAAUGACUGUUUUUCCGCUGCUUGAUGCCCUCGAUCCCAGCGGCUAUAUAAUGUACCGUCUUGUGCGUGAUUCAACUCACUUCGUUGGUGGCCACCACGUGAAGAAUCUUGAUAAUCUGAAUCGCGAUCUCAAGCGCGUGGUAGUCGUAGACUGGGACAAAAACUCGACAAAAAUGCACCCGGGAAACACAUUUUCGAUACCACGCUGGUCUGGAAACGACGAUGACACAACAUUAUUUGAUCUAAUCUCGUUCCUAAGCGUGCUCGGCAGCAGUGAAGUGGACGAUGUGCGGGAGGUUCUUCAAUAUUAUAACCAGUUUGAGGAGCCCAUUGCUAAGUUUCGCGAAAAUCAACGAAAGCUUUGUGAACAGAUGCAGGCCGAUGAAUUUGAGAAGUUGAGUAAGCCGAAGCCUAUGGUAAAGAACUGGUCGCGCGGCUUCAUGAAGCCCUAAAGGUAUAUCGUAGAAGCCUUUUAGGUUUAGAAUUUAACGUUCGUUGCCUUUUCAUUGUUGUGAUUUAACAAAUUAUUCUCAAAAUAAUGUGUAUAUUUAUUUACUCUUAAACCCAAGA